AUGCGUUUAUGUCGAAGUGAAGUUCCCUCCGAUACCCUUGAACAAAUUCGAGAAUUUGCUAAUUGGAUAACAAAAGUUGGAGAAGGAGAUAUAGCAGGAGUGCCCAUUACAGAGGAAGGGGAACCAAAUUGGAUUGAAAUGCCACAUGAUUUUUUGAUAACCGAUGAUGAACAUGGUUUGCAAAAUCUCAUUAACUUUGACUACCCCAACUUGCCUUCAAAUUACACGGAUUGGGAGUACCUCAAGGAUCACGGAAUUUUAGCACCAACAAACAAUGAUGUAGAUGAGUUAAAUUCGAAAAUUUUAUCAAUGCUGCCAGGAAAUGUUCAGAGAUAUUAUAGUUCGGAUACUUUGGGUCAUACAGGAGAUGGUGGAUUCCUAGAUAACAUGGAGCCUAUGGAAUUAUUAAACUCAUUAAAUUUGUCACGUCUUCCUUAUCAUUGCUUAGAGUUGAAAGUUGGUGCCCCAGUAAUAUUGAUGCAAAAUAUGAACCAAUCCAUAGGGUUGUGCAAUGGAGCACGCCUUAUAAUCAAGAAGUUGGGUUAUAGGGUGGUUGAAGUACUAGUGAUCAUAGGUCUAAGAGCUAUAGAAUCAGUUCUGAUUCCGCGAAUUGAUUUAACACCUUCUAAAAAGAAUGAAGAUUGA